AUGCCUUUCAAAAUCCUUAUUACAGGCGCCGGAAUCUCCGGGCUUGCACUAGCACACAGUCUCUCCCGAGUCAACCACAACUACGAAAUCACCGUCAUCGAAAAGUCUCCCACUCUCCGCGCAACAGGCCUCCAAAUCGACCUCCGCGGCCCGGGCAUCGACGUCCUCCACCGAAUGGGACUAGAAAAGUCCUUUCGCAAAGUCUCCGUGCCAGAACAAGGGCUGCGACUUGUUGAUCGCAAGGGUAGAUCGUGGGGAUUCUUUGGAGCGAAUCGCUCAGGUCAAGGGUUGCAGAGCUUCACGACUGAUUGGGAGAUUAUGAGGGGGGAUUUUUGUCGGUUGUUGUAUGAAGCUUGUGAAGGGAGACCUGGGGUAAGGUUUGUCUUUGGGGUACAUGCUGUGGAGGUCAGACACAUCGAGGACGAGGAGGUCGAGGUCACAUUUUCGGAUGGAAAGGUUGAGCGGUUCUAUAUCGUUGUCGGAGCUGAUGGUCUGUGGUCAAAGAUGCGGAAGUUGACAAUGGGUGGUGAGAGUGGGGAAGCCAAUCCGGGGUAUCAUCCCAUUGGUGUUCUAGCAACUUAUGGAACAAUUCGUCAAGAUAUGCGCGAGGGAGACGGCUAUUACGCUACGGCAUUCAUGGCUCCUGGUAAUCGAGGGAUUAUGACGCGCCGCCACGAGCAAGACCGGUACCAGGCGUAUGCCUUUUGCAAAUUGGACGAGGCUGCCUUGAAGGAUACAAGGCGAGGUGAUGUCGACGGCGAGAAGCGAGGAUUAGUCGCAGUCUUCCAAGGUGCAGGUUGGGAGUCGGAACAGAUUAUUCGAGCUCUUGUGGACUCUGAAGAUCUCUAUACCGAACGAAUGGGCGUGGUCAAGUUGGAUGUAUGGUCUCGCAGCCGUUGUGUUCUUGUCGGCGAUGCUGCCUACUGUCCAUCAGCUAUGACAGGCAUGGGUACCACUUGUGGACUCGUCGGUGGGUAUGUCCUGGCUGGUGAAAUCGCGAGGUAUUGCGCAGGAUCCAGAGUGUCGAAAGAAAGCAUCACGAACGCUUUCAAGUCAUACGAGGAGAAGCUCAGACCAUGGAUUGAGCAGGUGCAAAAGGGUCUGACGGACAGCGAGAACUAUAUGGACAAGUUCCCUAGUUCGUCCGCCGGGAUCGCUGUGAUCUACUGGCUGUUUUGGAUAGCCUCGCUGUUGAGGUUGGAUAUUGUCGCUCGCUGGGUUCUGCGCGAGAACACCAACGGCUGGACUCUCCCGUCGUAUCCAGAACAGGACAGAGUGAGGAAGGACUGA